ACUUACUACAUAGAACUCAAGUAGACGAUGUCCGUACCGGUGCCGACGUAUAACGGGAUUCCUGCGGUUGGUUUGGGCUGCUGGAUGGGACAGCCAGGAGCGAGCGAAGAGGCGUAUCAUAUGGUUCGGGAGGCUCUCAAAAUUGGUUACAGGCAUAUCGAUACAGCAUUCGGCUACGAGAACGAAGAAGCCGUCGGCCGGGCGAUCCGUGACUCCGGCGUUCUCAGGUCCGAAAUAUUCGUCACCACCAAGCUGCCUAAUCAGGCGCAUCACCGGGUUGUAGAAGGGUUCGAGAACAGCUUCAAGAACCUUGAUAUUGGUUAUAUCGAUUUGUAUCUCAUGCACUGGCCUUGUGCGGCGGAUGAUAGUGGAAGGCAGCUGAGCCCCAAGGAAGGGAGGGACUUUGUCGAGGUAUGGGAGGACAUGGAGAACCUGCUCGAGACGCACGCAGGCAAGGUCAAGCGUAUCGGCGUUUCCAACUUCUCCAUCACCUUGCUCGAAGUCCUCCUCCCGCAGGUCAAGGUCGUCCCCGCCGUAAACCAAGUGGAGGUGAACCCGUAUCACCCCCAGAUCCCCCUGAAGAAAUACUGCGAGUCCAAAGGCAUCCAGAUAGUCGCCUAUGGUCCGCUGGGCCAGACAAGGCGUACCUUCUUGGAGGAUCAUGAGGUCGUUGCAGUCGCCAACAAGUACGGCAUCAGCCCUGCUCAGGUGUGCCUUUCCUGGGCCGUGCAGCGGAAGACGAUCCCUAUUCCCAAGAGCUCGAACCCCGAGCGGCUGAAGCAGAAUAUCACCCUUGUAACCCUCGCAGAGGAAGACUUUGACAGGAUCGAGAACCUGCAUAAGGAGCCUGGGAAACAUCGUAGUUCGGAUGGGAUGACGCUCAAAGUCCCGGGCAGUGUGUGGGGCUGGACGAUGCAGGAGAUGGGAUGGCACGUUAACCUCGACGGGACGAUUGCGGAGGAUCAGUGAAGCGGACUUGAUGUUGUAUAUGGAUGAUGUAACGUCGUGAGUUGGCGCGGACAAAGUACAUGUCACAGGUUGAUACGUCCUUUAUCUGGGAAUGAAGAAUGAAGU